ACCACGCCUACAUACACACACACACACACACACACACACACACAACAUACAGCUCUGCCAGCAUGUUCACCUCCAGCUCAUGCCCACCGCCUCUAUUUAAUCACAGCUGCACUGUUCUGCUAGCCUUCAGCUCCGGCUGCUUCUUCAGAGUUAUUAUCUGCUACCUUUUCUGGCUUUUUCAACAUCGCACUGAGCAAUGUUUUUUUUUUUUUAACUUUGGUGUAAAGAAGGAUGUCUUUUGUAGCCUUUGUGCGCUCACAGGUCUGCGCCUGGCUCUCGGAGCUUGUUAAUUAACCUUUACUGCGUUGAUGUGCACAAAAUUGUAAGCAUGCCUUGAAUCAAAAAUAAACCUGAAUGUCUGUGUUCAGUGUUAGCCUUUAACCUCAUCAGGAAGAUUAAAGCUCGAGUUAAUGAGCCAGUAUAUAAAGGAAAAAGACUCUUAACCACAGCAUCCUCCGUGUCUGUAUUCACCGUUAGCUUCGUGUUGUUAACUCUGUUCGAUAGCCUUGAUGGCUCAGUGUCCAGGGUAAAUGUAAGUCGGUGGAGAAAAGGAGGUUAUUAUUCCUUACUUUACUAAAUAUUGCUUAAAUAUGUUUUAUUUGGCAGUCGGACAUUUCUGUUUAUUCCGACACAUGGCUCAAUAUAAGUACAGGUGGAUAUACUACUUUUCUUAUUAGGUUAAUGCGAGUUUAAGUCUAUGAAAGACAUUCUUCUCAGUGUACAACAGUCGCACCUUAUUUUAAUUACUCGCCAGGUCUGAUUCUGGUUCACAUUCCUUUCCGAAGCGAAUGCUUUCAUGUUCAUGGACCGAUGCACUUUAUAGCUCCUUUUGCUUGUCUGGCCUGGUCUUCGUAUCAUACAAUGCCGUGUACAUCUUUCCUUUUCACUGCUGGACUUUUUUUGCCAUUCUCUUUGAAUCUUAACCGCUUUUCAUACAGGAUCAGACCGUGAAGGACAAAGCCCUUCAGAGCAUGGCAUCCAUGUCCUCAGCACAGAUCGUCUCCGCUACGGCCAUCCACAACAAGCUGGGCUUGCCAGGCAUCCCUCGACCCGCCUUCCCCGGAGCAGCUGGGUUUUGGCAGGGCAUGAUAUCCCCGGGACAGCCAGGAUCCUCACAAGACAUCAAGCCGUUUGCACAGCAGGCCUACCCCAUCCAGCCCACCGUCACAACAGCAAUUUCAAGUUACGAGUCCACAGCAGCACCAGCACCCACAGUACCAGCGUGGCAGGGUCGCUCCAUCGGCACCAGCAAGCUCAGGCUGGUCGAAUUCUCAGCUUUCCUCGAGCAGCAGAGGGAACCAGACUCAUACAACAAGCACCUUUUUGUACACAUCGGUCAGACAAAUCACUCCUACAGCGAUGCUCUGCUGGAGUCGGUGGACAUUCGUCAGAUUUAUGACAAAUUCCCAGAGAAGAAAGGAGGGCUGAAGGAGCUCUUUGGCAAAGGCCCACAGAAUUCCUUCUUCCUCAUAAAGUUCUGGGCCGACUUGAACUGUAACAUGCAGGAGGAAACCGGGGCCUUUUAUGGAGUCACCAGCCAGUACGAGAGCCCGGAGAACAUGACCAUCACCUGCUCCACUAAAGUCUGCUCAUUUGGCAAGCAGGUGGUGGAAAAAGUGGAGACGGAAUAUGCUCGCUUCGAGAACGGUCGCUUCGUGUACCGGAUAAGCCGCUCCCCCAUGUGCGAAUACAUGAUAAACUUCAUCCACAAGCUCAAACACCUGCCUGAAAAGUACAUGAUGAACAGUGUGCUGGAGAACUUCACAAUCCUAUUGGUGGUCACAAACAGAGACACACAGGAGACCCUGCUGUGCAUGGCGUGUGUGUUCGAGGUGUCGAACAGCGAACACGGCGCUCAGCAUCACAUCUACAGACUGGUGAAAGAAUGAAGCUCGUGCCAGCCAACAGAUCUGUUCUAUAGACUCUGAACCUCAAUUUAAAAAAAAAUAAAUAAAUAAACAAACAAAAAAAAGUGGCAGUGCCUCUAGUUCAACACUCACCUGCAGCGAUUCGAGCUCUCAUCCGGGUGACGCUUAUCUUAUUGUUAUUAUUAUUUUUUUUUAUCAGUCUUUAUUAAUGUAUAUGUGUUGGAUGUUUUGACUGCAGCUGUGAAUCACGGUACAGUUGUAUUAUGUUUUGAUACAGGAAAGAUUCAUUUUAAAGGAAGCCUGAUCGACGUUUUCUCCGUAGGUCGUGUGUAUACAUUA